AGAGAGUUGCAAGUCGGCUGGUCACUGCCGGCAGGAGACAGCAGCAUCCCUCCUACCUAUGGGAGCAGCCUGAGUAGAAGAGCCUGCAGUCCCGAUCUCGAGGCGAACCCCCAUCUCCAGGACAGAAGCCCGCAGCUCUCCAGCUCUGCCUGCACCUCACCUCCAGCACCCCCAGGGUAAAAACUUACAGCUCCUUCAUCGCGAAAGGCUCCCAUCUCCAGCGCUCCCAGGAGAGAAGCCCGCAGCCCUACUCCCAACUCCCGCCCCCAACGAGCUCGGUCCCUGGAGUGCCAGAAGCAGCUUCCCGCCAACCCCAGGAACUCUGCGGCCCCAGGCCACCCCGCCUCCCGCGCUCAAGCCUAUUGAACCGGUCGGAAGUUCCCCGUCCCCUGUGCCCCAUCCCCAGUCCUCCGCGCUCCCCGCCCCAGUCCGGAACUGGAAGACGCUGGCGGAUUGCACUCCUGCUGCGGUCGCUGGGACCCCGGAUCCCGGGGAGUGCGGCUCUGCGAGCCCCUCGGCCCCCUCCCCACCUUCCCGGGACUGCACUCGUGCACGUUUUCAACACAACUUUCUUUUUAAUCUUUGGUGAAAAGUGAAUUACAGAAAAAUUAAGCAGUGUCUCUUAUGGACACGCGCAGCCAGGUCGUAUUUUUGUUUUUGUUGAUCACGUUGCCUUCCGCUCCCCUCUCGCCCCCGCCCUCGUGACCUUCUCGUGUUUGCUCCCGCUUCAGUCACACUGAAGAUGCCUCAGACUCCGCCUGGCACCUAAAACGCUGCUUGGCCACCGAAGAGGGACCACGUUCUGCUUGCCUGGCCACCUCGCCCUACCAACGAAGCACAAGGUUCUUAUUUUCUCAUCUUAUCUCUUUCCUAACCAUCAAAGCAUGCCCAUGGGCGGAGAGUUGUUUGUUUUGAUACAGGGUCUACGUGUAGCCAGGGUUCGCUGUGUAGACCAGGGUGGCCUCCAGUUCCCUGAAAUCCUCCUGCCUCUGCCUCUGAGGGUGCUAGGAUUAAAGACUUGCACCACCACACCCGGCUCACGGUAGAGAUUUUAAGAUUACGGUUCAUUGCACAGGCGGGCUUUUCCAGAACCUUCUCUGAGGAAGGCCAGGCCGACUCUGAACUGAGAGGUGGUUAGGGUGCCAGUACCUGGCAAGCUGCCUUCCAGCCCAGUAGUUUCCCCUGGAGUAGAUGAAUAGUUACCACAUUUCCAAGAGUGUGGGUGGGAAUCCAAGUGUGGACAAAUUUAAGUAUUGCAUUGAAGCUUGGGACUUAGCGCAGUUGGUAGAGGGAUUGCCUAGCUUGCAAGAUGCACUGUUUGAGGAUAAAGCAGGAGUGGUGGUACUGUUCCGUAAUAACAGUACUAUGGGGGUAGAGGCCAUCCAUGCACUAUAGAGUGGACUAUAGGCUUCUUGGCAUCUGAAAUAUGGGCAAACCUGUCUCAAGACAGAAAAGAAAAACAACAUUAUUGAAUAUGUUGCUUAUGAAUUAUGAGAAUUCGUGGAAUGACUAAGAUAUUCUGUUUAUCCCGAUUCUCUGGUUAAAAUGUAUGUUUUAAGUGUCUUAGGGAGACACUUAAUUCCAGUACUCACACUUGGGAGACUCAGGCAGGAGGAUUGCUCAGAGUUCAAGACCAGCCUGGGGUACAGAGUGAGUCUUGAAAAACACCACCACCACCAAAAGCAAGACAAACAACAACAACAACAACAAAAAACAACCAACUGCUUUUAGAAACACUGAAAUAAUAACUACCUGCCAUGUCCCUUUGUCAGUUUUCACCAUGAUUUAUGGAGCCUAGUGCCGGUGAGUGGCUGAUAAGGUUAGAGGGAACCUUGUGUGUGUGUGUGUGUGUGUGUGUGUAUGUGUUUUUUGGGGGGGGGCGUGUUGUGACUUCCACUCAGUGAAAGCAGGAUGUAGGCCACUCAGGCUGCCUCACCCUGGUGCCUCUCAGUGACUUUGGGUGAUUGAGAACAGGGAAGGAAGGGGUGACAGGCAGUCCAGCCUUGCUUUUACUGUGGCUUUUCAGCCAUCAGGCAUAUUAUCAGGAGUUAAGCUGGUUGGUAGCUCUCUUGCUGGCUGGUGUCUGCUUGUCAGUUUGGAGAUCUGCCAGCACUGUGGUCACAGAUAGAAAACCACUCUAAGAGACCUGGUAAGUAGUGAGUAUCUCCCUCCCCUGAGGUGGCCCUGAGAGAGCCAGAUCCAAGUAUGGAUAAGUGAGCAGAGGGUUGAUUGCUUUGGGGGUGGGACGGGGAAAGACAGAAAACAUGGAGAUGAGUUAGAGGUCUAAUAUACCCGGCAAAAAGGAAUGAGGAGUUGUUGCAGGCCUGUAAUCCUAGCGCUUGGGAGCACAGCUGGAACUACGUAGUACAUAGUAGUCACCUAUAGCUGCAUAACAAGACUCUGUCUCAAGAAAUGAAACAAAUAAGGAGUGGCAGACCAUUGAGGUGGCGUGCCAUUGAAGUAGACAGUGCCUGCUACAUGACACCAAGCAUGCUAUGUUGAUUAUAUUUGCUGCAUGGAUAUUGGGUGAGGGACUAGGAAGAGAAACCAUUGCUGCGAAGCUGGCCCUGAACCCUGCCCCAGCUCAGUCUUCUCUGAGAUCUGAUCCCCCUACCUCAGUCAGGCUCCAGAUUUGGAAUAUAUACUCUUGAAGUGGUUGACCCAAACUGGCUCCUUGGGGUACAACACCAUCAGACAUGCUAGAGAGGACCGAGCUAAAUGGGUGUGGUCUCCUUUGCCACUUUCUAUCUGCAGAGAUGCCAGAAGGGCCAUCCGUGAGGAAGUUUCACCAUCUUGUCUCCCCUUUUGUGGGCCAGAAGGUAGUCAAGACUGGGGGCAGCAGUAAGAAGCUAUGCCCCGACUCCUUCCAGUCUCUAUGGCUCCAGGAUGCCCAGGUGCAUGGAAAAAAAUUAUUCCUUCGGUUUGAUCCUGAUGAGGAGAUGGAGCUACUCGGCAGCAGCCCACAGCCUGUACAAGGAGUACAGCAGAAAGAGGCCAUGGAUCCAGAGCUGGCCUUGCUGCCCAAUGCUCAGGAAACUUCUGCAGGCCCCUCCGGAUCUGGGGAGCCUGUUCCUAGUGGAUCUGAUGGCCCCUAUGAUCUUGGGGGACACAACCUUUUAGCGGUUGCCCAGAGAUGGCUAGAAGUCAGGUUUGGUUUGUUUGGCAGUGUCUGGGUGAAUGACUUCUCCAGAGCAAAGCAAGCUAACAAGAGAGGUGACUGGAGAGAUCCUGUGCCCAGGCUGGUACUCCAUUUUGAUGGUGGUGGCUUCCUGGCAUUUUAUAGUUGCCAGAUGUCGUGGAGUCCUCCCCCAGUGAUUGAGCCCACCUGUGACAUCUUGUCUGAGAAGUUCCAUCGAGGACAAGCCUUGGAAGCUCUAAGCCAGGCUCAGCCUGUGUGCUAUACACUAUUGGACCAGAGAUACUUUUCAGGAUUAGGGAACAUUAUAAAGAAUGAAGCCUUGUACAGAGCAGGUAUCCAUCCCCUCUCUCUCGGUUCGCUCCUGAGUUCUUCCUCUCUGGAGGCCCUCGUGGAUCACGUGGUGGAAUUCAGUUCCGAUUGGCUUCGGGACAAAUUCCAAGGCAAGGGACGGCGCACACUGAUCUACCAGAAGGAUCAGUGUCCUUCUGGUCACCAGGUUAUGAAGGAGACAUUUGGGCCCCCUUGUGGACUCCAGAGGCUCACCUGGUGGUGCCCUCAGUGCCAGCCCCAGCUGUCAUCGGAGGGGCCACAGAAUAUGCUGUCCUCCUAAAACAUUUGGCUUUCUUCAUGGAACUUGGAGCCUUGAAGAUCCAGAUACCGUAUGUCCUGAGAGAAGGGUGUAGGCAAGAAUUGUACGUCAGCUCAGAGAUCGGGUUCAGAGGGUCAGUAUUGUUGAUAUUCAUCUCAUUGGAUUAUACCUCAGCCGCAGCUUUCAUAGGGAUAGAUGCUUUCCUUUUCUGGUUAACUCUAUGUAACCCCCCUUGCUGUCAAAAUCCUGACAGAGCAUUGGGGAAACUACCUGGAGCAUCAGUGAGUCUGAAAAGGAGUGGCUGGGGAACAGCUGGGGGAUAGCAGGCAGCUGUCAGGGACAGCCAAGGGAUACUAUACUCCCAGGCUUCUUUGCUAAUGGCAUGUUGUGCUGUUUUGGGAACUGAUUGAUUUUGAGUCCCUCCAUUUUCUUCUUUCCCCUGGAGGGGUCAGGGAUGAAGGCAAAGCUGCAGGCAGGUACUGCUGGUCAGCCUGCCUGGCACAUUCCCAGUGGCUGGAGACUCCGGAAUGGAUAGGGAGGUGUGCCCAGGGAUGUGAGAAAAGCUGCUGCUCUAAGAUGUGCAUUCGUGACUGUGAUGUUGAACAGUUCAGGUGUCCAGGGAUGUAGAGAAACAACCCAUCAGGUUGUUAGCAAUAACUUCAUGGAACUGGGAUAGCAAUUGAAAAUAAAAUGGUGUGAUGUUUUCUAUGUUGUCUUCAUUAGGCAGAAAUGUUUUUUUUGUUUGUAUGUGGGUUUUUGUUUUUUGUUUGUUUGUUUUGCUUUGUUUUGUGGUGCUGAGAUGAAACCUGGUGCUUCACUUGUUCUAAGCAAUGACCGUACCACUCAGCUAUGUCCAGGUCUCACCCUUUGUGAAGGGGCCUCCCAGGCUUGCAGGGUUGGCCUGGUGAAUCCACUUAGGAGCAAUAUGGGAGGGAAUUUGCCCUCCUGCCUUGGAGAACUAGAUGGAUCUUGGUGUGGUGUUAUCUUGCUUGUACAAAUAAAGCCUGUCUGAAGGUCAGAGAAUGGAGCUUGCCACUAGCUAACUAUUAGAGGUCAGGAGGUCUGUGUAGACAGACAGAAAGUAAAGUAGCUGGGAAGAAACAGGAUAUAAACAGAGAGAAACAGGUACUCUCUUGUCUGCUGACAUUUCAGCAGACAAGCUAAGGAGGUAAGGCUUGCUCCUUCUCUCUCAUCUCUCAGCGUUUUCCACUUAAAAAAAAAAAAAAAACAAAAAAUCCUCUAAAUGGUUUAUAGUGUGUUUAAAAGU